AUGACUUCCUUCACUGUUCUGUUGCUCUGCAUCCAAGCUUGCUUGGUCCAGAAUGUGUUCAGCCAGUGUCUCGGCUCUGGCUUGGCUGGUGCUGGUCUGGCUGGCCCCUUCGGAAUGGCUUCUGGUUUGGGUUAUGACGGACUCGCCUACCCUGGCGCUGCCGGUUACGGCUCUGGAGUGGCCGCGUACGGCGGCGACGGUGAGGGCAACGUGGCGGUCGCUGGUGAGCUGCCAGUCGCCGGUACCACCGCUCUGUAUGGACAGGUGCCCAUCAUGGGCGCUGUGAGCUUCAGCGGUCCUGUGGCUGCUGCUGGUUCCGUGUCCAUCUCCGGACAGUGCGCGUGCGGCUGCGGUGCUCCUCUCGCCACUCCCGUGUACUGCUGAA